AGAGUUAUUGAGGAGAUACUGUGGUCAUGAGUAAACUAACCAAGACUUACAAGGAUCAGUUAUGUACCUGGAUAGGAGGGAGGAAGGACUUCAAUCUGCUGUACCAGGCAACCAGAGACGGAUGUAGCGGCCCGACCUUCCAUCAGAAGUGCGACAACAAGGGAGCAGCCGUCUCUGUCUUCUACAACACUGCUGGGUAUGUGUUCGGUGGCUAUACAUCGGUCAGCUGGUCAAGUGAUGGAACCUACAGAUCAGACCACCAGGCCUUCCUGUUCAGGCUUCAGGCUGCGAAUAGUUUUCAACCGCAAAAGUAUCCCGUAAAGACGGAAAAUGUGCAACAUACCGUUUAUCAUAACCCUGACUGUGGAUCAACCUUUGGAGGAAGACAUGAUUUGUUCCCUUUCAGUUCAACUAUUAAUAAACAGAACAAUUAUUUCCAAGGCAAUGGAUACACAAGUCCAAACUCUUACAACAUGUUAGGAGGCAGUACAUCCACCUUCACAGGAGACAAUUUACAGUUUACUGAUGUGGAAGUAUGUCAAGUUACAGAACACGCUGCACGCCAAGAUGAGACACCGUGGCGGAAACUACCUGAGGUGAAACAAAAGGUACUGAAGUCUGAACUGGAGACGUACUCACCCCCGGGGAAGCUGGAUCAUGUGAACAUCUUGUUGCUGGGGGCGGUUGGAUCGGGCAAAUCCAGCUACUUCAACACCAUCAACUCUAUAUUCCAAGGGCGGAUAACCUCCGUCGCCUGCAGCGGAAGUGCAGAACACAGUCUAACUACUACCUAUCGUUUGUACAAGAUAAAAUCGCCGACAAGUCGACAGCCCUUGAAAGUUCGACUUUGUGACACAAGGGGACUUGAAGACGGUCUCAAUCUUGAUCUGUCGGACCUGAUGGCGAUCAUCGACGGUCAUUUGCCGGACAGGUUCACGACUUCAUAUUCCCGUACCCCCAUCCCUUUGAAAGCACUGUCCCGAGACGAGAUCCCUUUGCCACGGACCUACGGACAGGCGCUUAUUUCGAGCACAGAAUACAAUAACGCGUGGUUAAUUAGUGUUUUACAACAUCAGAUCAUGGAACGAACUUUGACGAAGAAGGAUCAGAAACAACUGAACAGAUGGUUAAACGCAAGGAAAGACUUUGAACUUCUGUACAAGGCCACCCGUGAUGGUUGUUCCAGCACCGCCUUCCACGUGGAGUGUGACAGCAAGGGGCCUACAGUCACAGUCUUCUAUAACACGUCGGACUGCGUGUUUGGUGGCUACACCUCGGUCAGCUGGGACUCUGCUGGUGCCUACAAGGUCGACCAGACAGCAUUCCUGUUCCGUUUGUACUUCCAAGGUUCCAGCAACCCUAAACAAUACCCAGCAACAAACGGCAACGAGGCAAUUUACGGACACGCGACCUAUGGCCCUAUGUUCGUGGCCUGUUCCAACCUCAACUGCUACGAUGUGGAAGUCUACAGUGUGAAAGAUGGAAGCAUUCUCAACGACGAUCCAUGGAGACAACUCACAGAAUCUAAAUCAAAGGUACUGAAAUCUGAGAUCGAAACAUAUUCCCCCAUCGAUGGGGUGAAGGUGGGACGAGUCAAUAUUCUACUGGUGGGGGCGGUAGGAGCCGGUAAGUCCAGCUACUUCAACACCAUGAACUCAAUCUUCAGAGGUCACGUGACUAGUCAAGCCUGCAGUGGAAGUGCCGAACACAGUCUUACGACGCAUUAUCGGAAGUAUAAAGUGAGAUCCCCUGAGGGUAAACCACUCAAGUUCCGACUGUGUGACACGAGGGGCCUAGAGGAAGCCCAAGGAAUGGACGCGGCUGAUGUGGUAGCCACAUUGGAUGGACACCUUCCUGACAAAUAUAUGUUUAACCCAGCUCUGUCUAUUUCGCCUGACACCCCUGGAUACAAGAAGACCCCUAAAACACAAGACAUGAUACACUGUGUGGCAUUUGUCAUUGAUGGCUGUUCCGUAGACGUGUUCCCGGACAAAAUUCUGCAGAAUAUGAAAGCUAUACAACAGAAAGCCAACCAGAGAGGUAUACCACAAGUGGUCAUCUUGACCAAGGUGGAUAAGGCCUGUCCACAUGUUGAAGAGGAUCCAGGGACCCUGUUCUACAGCCCUGCAGUCAGCGAACUGGUGGAACAAGUGUCCCAACUCAUUGGUCUGCCCCGUGCCCACGUUCUGCCCGUGAAGAACUACGAGAAGGAAAUGGAGCUGGUGGAUAACGUGGAUGUUCCUGCUCUGAUCAGCCUCCGUCAGAUGCUAAGAUUCGCUGAUGACUAUCUCUACAACUUCCUGGAUGAGGAGGAUAAAGAUGAAUAAAUAUAUGUUAUUCAUUACUCCAUUUGGUCAUAAACAACCAGACCAAUGUACCGUUUUUCAAAUCGCAAAAAUGAAAAAUACGUUGUCCUUUUCACCCCUGGCUUAUCUCAAUGAAGUAGCACGGUUUUUUUGCCACACAGCUAGUACAUGAGAUUUAUGGUUGAUCAUGAUGAGAACACAUUCGAUGUAGCCUACAUAAUCAAAACUUGCCUCUCCUUUCUUGAAUCCAGCAAUAUAAAGUGCUACUGCUUUAAGUAUUCGGUUCAAUAUAUUUGUAUAUUUAUCGGAGUCACGCUAUGUCUUCCCACUUUUGAUUAAAUGGACAGCUGGGUAACAGAUCGCAUCUGAGAUUCAGAGAAACGAAACUUGGAACAGUGUCAAUGUUUUUCCGGGAAACAUUCUGUUCCGGUCAGUUAUGAAGACAAAGACCCAUAAACGUGACAUGCCUUUCCUGUACUGAGGAAAUGAGACAACUUGUGUAUGUGAAAAUUCCUUUCAUUUGGAUGUGAUAGAUGUGUGGUUU